AUGCGAGCUCUGUUACUGCAGCUUCUGCUUGCCGUGACCACCAGCGCCUCUGCGACCUUACACUGCCACCUGCUGAAAGGCGGACCUGCGGGAAGGCCCUUCUUAGGCGGUGGCCCCGGCCCCCUCGUUGGAGCUCCAGGCGGCUUCAAGGGCAGCUUCGGUGGUGGCUACUCGGGCUUCCGCGGUGAUUUCCACAGCGGAGGAGGCGGCUUCGCACCUGCUGGUCCCUUAUUCGCGUCCGGCCCAGGAGGCUUUGGAGUGGGUCCCGCUGUAGGAGGUGGCUUUGGCCCAAGCUUAGCGUUCGCUCCUGGUCCUACGUCUGUGUCCGGCUUCGGUCCAGGAGCUGCCCUGCCUGCUCCACUGACUUUAUCGAGGCCACCAGCGGUGCAAUCCACAUUCAUCCCCGGAGGUCAGACCAAGGUCAUUCUCGUCAAGGUCAAGCACUUGGGAACAACCACACACCACCCGACUGGCUUCAACGGGCCGGCACAGGGAGGCCCUUUGCAGGGACCCACUUUUGGGGCGGGACCCUUCGCGGCCCCUUUCGGCCUGCCCAGCUCGGCGGGAUUCGGGGGGCCACUCAAGUCAGGAAAGGGCGGCUGGUGGUGA